CAAUUUAUAUAAAAGCGCCUUUUUACAGGACGAGUGUAUCAGUACCUGCAGAACACACAAAAACAUGUUGACUAAAGUAUUGAUUUUGAGCGCCUUCGCGGCGAUUGCGUCUGCUGGGCUCAUUGCCGAGCCACAUUACUCAUCUGCAGCAGCGGUCUCGUCGCAAAGCAUCGUGCGCCACGACCAGCACCAGACCAUCCAUGCAGCACCUGUGGCCAUUCAAACCGCUCCGAUCUCAUACAGUGUCGCUCCAGUUGCUUACCAUUCCACUCCCGCUCAUAUCGCCACAAAUGCUGUAUCUUCUCAAAGCAUUUUACGUCACGACCAACCUCGUGUCACACUCGCAACUGCACCUCUUGCCUACACUUCGGCCCCAGCUCAUUAUGCUGCUUCACACGUAAAUUACGCCGCUCCUGUUUCUUACCAAACAUACCCAGCUCGCGUAUCUUCAGGCCACGCUGUGUCUUCCCAAACUAUUCUACGUCAUAAUCAACCACACGUUACUUUAGCAGCGGCACCUAUUUCUUACGCUGCUGCACCGUCGUACUACGCGGCUUCCCACAGUAAUUAUGCUAGCCCUAUAUCGUACAAUACAUCCCCGGUUCGAGUUUCUGCAGGUCAUGCUACAUCUUCCCAGACAAUUUUGCGCCAUGACCAACCUCAGCUCGCCGUUGCAGCAACACCAAUUUCGUAUGCCGCUCCUACUUAUGCUGCUAUUCCUAGUUACGCAGCCACUCACGUUAAUGCUGCUCCUGCAGCCUACACAUCGCAAGCUCGCUACACUGGUGGUCACGCAGUUUCUUCACAGAACAUCAUACGUCAAAAUCAAGGCAUCUCCUCUAUCGCCAUUGCUCCGUCCACUUACUCUUCUCCUUCCUCACUCUACUCUUCAUCCUACGGAUAUGGAUCAAACCCCAUUCAACAAGCAUCUAUCCACGGUAUUUCCUCUCAAACAAUUCUACGUCAGGACCAACCUCAUGCCACGGCAGCCAUCGCCCCUGUUACUUACGCAGUCACUGCCCCAUCUCAUUACGCGGCUCCUAGCCACGGCAUUAUUGCAGCUGCGCAACACGUAGAACAAUAUGCUCACCCGAGAUACGACUUCGCGUACUCUGUGGCCGACGGACACACCGGCGACAACAAGUCGCAGCAGGAGAGCCGCGACGGCGACGCCGUACAUGGCCAGUACUCGCUGUUGGAGGCCGAUGGGUCCGUGCGCACCGUGCAGUACAGCGCCGAUGACCACAGCGGCUUCAACGCGGUCGUCACCAACUCCGCGCCCGCGCACCACCCAGUACCCGCGCAUGCACCUCAGCAUAUCAUCGCACAACAUUAAGUUCCUUCUAGUCACUCGUUUAAUGGUCAAAUAUAUAAGUGUUACAUAUAAGUAAAUUAAUAAAG